GGAUAACCCCAUACGAAAGACUCAUACACAUAAAAUCUUUUUUUAUUUUCAUUUGUUUCAUUCAAGGAUAGCCUUUCCAAAAGGUGUCAACGAUACAACUUUUAUUUUGAAUGAAUAGAGCGUCGCACUUCCUUCUGCCAGCUUCAACCUGGCGAGGUUCGAUCGUUGUCCGCCGACGAAAGGACUUCGCGAAGAAGUAAAUAACCAGAAAACAAAAUGAAUACUGUCGAAAAGAAGCUCGCGGACUUGAUACGCGAACACCCGAAUCUGUACGACCAAUCCCGGCGGGACUACAAAGACAAUCUGAAGGGGCAUCUGUCGUGGAGAGACAUCGCAGAAAACAUGGGAAAGUCGGAGGAGGAGGUGAAGCUGAAAUGGAAAAAUCUACGCGACAAGUUCUGCAAGGCGAAGAAGCGACUCGCCAAGAGAAUCGCGCCUCUGCUCACAGACGACGAGAACCCGGUGGAGAGGCCCGUCCCGGUGCUGUACAACCAGCUGGCCUGGCUCAGCGCCUACGUCAAGCCCAAAGUAGAGCCUGGCACGGGGGAAGCCGACGAGGUAGCUGGAAGUGGUGAUGACGUGGACAAAGAGCAAGAUAAAGAUGAGAAGGAGCAGCAUUGUCCUCUGCCUGUCGUUACUACUAGCUUUUCUCUUGUGGAGUCCUGUCCAAACAACCAUCAGGAGAUGGGAGUCUCUCUUAAACGUAAAAGGCAAACAACCACAGAAACUGAGAUAAGCUCUGCAGAUGCCCUCACCAACCUCAGAGAUGAAGAUGAACUGUUUCUACUCAGCCUUCUGCCUUCACUGAAGAGGCUUACCAUUAAAAAAAGAAUGGAGGUACGGAUGAAAUUCCAGCAAGUGCUUUAUGCUGCAGAGUUUGAGGGCUAAAGGGCUCAUUAUGAGGCAUUACAAAUGGUGUGAUCAAUGGUAGGGCCUGUUAUGGUAUAAGUAUGAUUCUGCAAGCAUUGAACCUGUAAAUAGGUUUUUUUGGUUGUUUUUUACCAUUACAACUUUUUAAUAUUUAUCUUUUGACCACCACUGCUAUUAAUAAUAUCACUAUAUAGAUAUCUAUAAUUCAGUGUUGUAUCGAGAGCUUUAUUUCUGGGUUUGAAAAGUCUUUCAUUUUGAAUGUAGGUGAUGGAACCCCCUUUUGGUACUAGUUAUAAAAUGAGAGUAAACAUAGAGUUGUUGGUUCACUAGGUACACAUACGUAGUCAAAUGUAAUUCCACCAGAUAUACCAGCCUCCUAAUAACUCCCUCCUUUUCAAAGCUAAUCCUAAAAGCUAAUGUUCAUUCAACAUCAUGAAGUGAAAAAUAUUUUGUCCACACCCAUUUAUUGGGACUUGAGCAAAAUGUGUGUGCAAGUGUACUGUAGACUACCUGUUGACCUAGUAACUCAGAGUAAUGAACAAUCUGAGAAUGAAUUUGGUUGAAAAACCUUUCUAUUGAAAAAUAUCUUUUAUCUUUUACAUUUCAAGACGGCACACACAAAUGCCACAAUUAACUACCCUUUCAACGGUACCCGCACACAUUACCAUAUGUAUGAUAACAAAUCAAUUUCAGACAGCAGUUUGAAAUACCUGCAAAUAGAAAUACAGUUAUUUCCUUUUAACUUUAGCUCCACAUGGGGGAAGUUAGGAAACAGUAGAUUCCACCUAAGUUAGUUCUGUGAUGCUGCUCGUCAACACUGCCCGCUUCUUGUCAUCUGAUUUUUGUAGAUCAGACAAAACUCUCUGACUGUACAUAGAUAUCUCUCCUUCAUCUUUCUGAAUGGAGUCAUUUCUACUGUGUAUAUAU